CGGGACGGAUGUUAUUGACUCUCGCCGAUGAAAAAUAGACGAACACAAUCGCGCAGCACACAAUAUGGCGACAAUGGUGAUGGUGAUGAUGAUGAGUGCUGGAGUAGCACCUCUUUGUGUCCUGUGUCCGCUAUUCGGCGGUUAGUUGUAUUUACACGGUCGCACUUGAAAAACCAGUCUUUACUUAUCGGGCGGUUGACAAUAAAUUUUUGCGGCGAAUUCGGUAUUUUUCGUGAUUUUUGCCAAAUCCUCCAAAAAAAAAACUAAAGAAUUUGUGACAUAAAAGUGACAGUGUGACAAGUGACAAGAUAAUUAGAUUAAACAAAAAAAAAAACAUGCCGCGACCAUCGCGUGAAUCUUACGGAGAUCAAAAACCGCCUUAUUCGUAUAUAUCCUUGACCGCUAUGGCAAUUUGGAGUUCGCCGGAAAAAAUGCUCCCACUAAGUGACAUUUAUAAAUUUAUCACGGAUCGUUUUCCGUAUUAUCGAAAAAAUACCCAACGAUGGCAGAAUUCACUGCGACAUAAUUUAAGUUUUAAUGACUGUUUUAUUAAAGUUCCUCGAAGGCCUGAUAGGCCUGGCAAAGGGGCCUAUUGGGCUUUACACCCUCAAGCAUUUGAUAUGUUUGAAAAUGGAAGUUUAUUGCGGCGGAGAAAACGUUUUAAACUUCAUAAAAAUGAUAAAGAUUUGUUGAAUGAGGAGUUGGCAGCACUGGCGAAUUUGAAUCGCUUCUUUUUUACGACGAAUAACGCUCCGGCUCCGAUGUGCCCGCCACCUAUGGCUGCGGAGCCGCCAAGUAUGUAUAUGCAACGGCUGCCUCCGAUGUUGAAUUCGUCGCCUGUGCGACCGAUUUCACCGUUACAAACGACAACUCUGAUUCAUGAUCGACCGAAGAGGGCAUUUACGAUUGAAAGCCUGAUUACGCCCGAUAAAGAUUCUGUAAUAUCAGUCGAUGAUAUAACGGUAGAAGAUCGACCCGAAGAUGAUGAGUUGUUUUCACAGCGACAUGUACCGCUUCCACCGUUGCAUACGAUAAACGCUGGUAAUAUACCGUUUUUGCAUUAUCCUGGUCCUAAUCCUGCUAGUUUAGGAUAUGAUCUGCCAAUGCAUCCACUACUCAUGAUAACAGCUCCUCUUGGUGGAUUUAAUCCAGCGGCGGCGGCGUAUUAUCCAAGUAACAUUGGAAUGCAAUCAGCACAUCAUGCAGCUGAACUGAAUCAUCGAAUAAAUGCUGGACUAAGAACUGUUAAACCACCAUUGCCACGAGAAUUGCCACAACCAUUAACAAAGCGUCAGUAUGGUCCAGCAGCUUCUACAGCUUCAACUUUAACCAAUUACCAUCACCAAACUGUGAUUGUAAAUCAACCACCAUUCCAUCAAGUCAUUGAAAACCAUCAAACAAUAUCAGCGGCACAAACAGCAGCCACUAACGCAAUCAAAGAGGUGAGAAAAUCACUUGAACCCAAACAUCGAUCACCUCUGAAAUUAAUGAUAGGAGGCCAAGCCACUGGUUGGUUGGUUGGUUGGUUUGGGACUUCAGCUGGUUGGGUUGGUUGA